AUGAAAGUAUUUGGAGGUUCAGCAGCAUUGCUGCAACUGCACCUGCUAAGUGCCAUCAGCCAGCAUGGGUAUCUUGGUGUCCAAGGCUUUUCUCUGUCUCCUUUUUCUGCCAAGACUACGGCUAUCAGCAGUGCUGCCAGUAGUAGUAAGAUCAAGACGUUGUUGCAGGCAACCGUGGAAAAAGAAGAUGCUACCGUUACCACCAACAAUGCUCCAGCUACUACUACUACCAGUGGCAAUACCCCUCCGUUCAAGAAUAUCAUGGCCGCCAACCGUGCUGAAAUUGCGGUCCGCAUUAUGCGUGCUGCUACCGAGUUGAACAGUGGCACCGUCGGCAUUUACGUGGCCGAAGACUCGUACAGUCAACACCGUUGGGGCGCCGAUCGAUCGUUUCAAUUAGAAAAAGAAGACUCUGCGUCGCCCAUUAGUGCCUAUUUGGAUAUUGAUCAAAUCAUUCAAAUUGCCAAAGAUGCCAAUGUUGAUGCCAUUCAUCCCGGUUAUGGAUUUCUCAGUGAAUCGCCCGAUUUUGCACAAGCGUGUGGAACAGCGGGCAUUACAUUUGUGGGACCUACCGUGGACAAUUUGUUGCAGUUUAGUGACAAGACAAAGGCACGACAAGCGGCGAUUGAUGCCGGUGUUCCGGUAGUGCCCGGAAGUGAUGGAGCCUUGCAAAAUGCCGAGGAAGUUGUCGAGUAUGUCGAAAAAAUUGGAUUGCCCGUCAUUUUAAAGGCCGCAAUGGGUGGUGGUGGCAAGGGAAUGCGUGUCGUUCGCACCAUGGAAGAUGUCGUGCCCUUGUUUGAAGCGGCAUCCAGUGAAGCAUUGGCAUCGUUUGGAGAUGGCGCUGUCUUUGUGGAACGAUUCGUUGAUCGACCACGACACAUUGAAAUACAAAUCAUUGGAGAUGGAACCGGCAAUGUCGUGCAUUUGUGGGAACGCGAUUGUAGCGUGCAGAGACGACAUCAAAAAGUCAUUGAAAUGGCACCGGCAUGGACACUUUCGGAUGAAUUGCGCCAACAAUUGCAUCAGUAUGCCGUCCAACUCACUAGUGCCGCCAAGUACAAAAAUGCCGGAACGGUAGAAUUCCUCGUCGAUGCCGAAAUGAGAGCUUACUUUAUCGAAGUCAAUCCACGCAUUCAAGUCGAACAUACCGUCACGGAAGAAGUCACGGGCAUUGAUCUCGUACAAGCACAAAUUCGAAUUGCGUCCGGUGCCACAUUGGAACAAGUCGGAUUGAUUCAAGAGAAUAUUGUCCCCCGGGGAGUGGCCAUUCAAUGUCGAGUUACUACCGAAAAUCCCGAACGAGACUUUGCACCCGAUACCGGGCGUGUUACGCUCUAUCGUCAUUCGGCAGGAUACGGAGUCCGCAUGGAUGGGAUUGGAUAUUCCGGUCUCGAAGUGACACCCUUUUUUGAUUCCAUGUUGGUCAAGUACACUGUCCGAGGAUCUUCCUUUCAAGAAGCCGUCGCUCGGAUGAAACGCGUCUUGCAGGAAUGUCGCAUCCGUGGUGUCAAGACCAAUAUCGGAUUCCUCAUGAAUGUACUGGCCCAUCCCGAAUUCAGUACCGGAUCCGUCACCACGUCGUUUAUUGAUGAAAAUCCAAGUCUCAAGCAGACAUCGCUUUCCAUGUGGGACUAUGCCAAUGAAGAUCAAUCCGAUCCACAAAAGUUGUACGAAACCGAACGAUUGCUCCGCUAUUUGGCCAAUCUGGCCGUCAAUGGACAUCCACCCGAAUUGGGAGCGGAUCCACAUAAAAUGGAAGACUCGUGUCAUGUUGCCGUCAAAGCACCCGUUCUACCAACCACACUCAAAACAACAAAGACAAAGUCUGCUGGUGGUAUGCGCAAGAUUUUGCUCGAACAAGGACCCGAAGGAUACGCCAAGGCCGUACGAGAACACAAAGGAUUGAUGAUUAUGGAUACCACUUGGAGAGAUGCCCAUCAGUCCUUGUUGGCCACGAGGAUGCGGACUCAAGAAUUGCUACGAUGCGCCGACUACACCAACACGGCACUGGCCAAUGCAUUCUCAUUGGAAAUGUGGGGAGGAGCCACAUUUGAUGUUUCGAUGCGCUUUUUGCACGAAUGUCCUUGGGACCGGCUCGAAAAGUUGAGAGAAGCCGUACCGGAUGUACCCUUUCAAAUGCUCCUACGUGGAGCCAAUGCGGUUGGGUACACCAACUACCCCGACAAUCUUGUCUUCAAGUUUUGUGAACAAGCCAAAAAAUCGGGUAUCGAUGUAUUCCGUGUCUUUGACUCUCUCAACUACUUGGACAAUCUAAAGAUUGGAAUCGAAGCUGCACGAGCCGCUGGUGGUUUCGUCGAAGGUACCAUGUCCUACACGGGGGAUGUCGCAGACCCGAGUAAGUCCAAAUACAACUUGGACUAUUACCUCGAUCUGGCUCGGCAAUUGGUUGAGAUGGGAUCGCAUUCGUUGGCCAUCAAGGACAUGGCCGGUCUCUUGACACCCACGGCCGCUACUAUGUUGGUGGGUGCUCUGCGGAAGGAACAUCCCGAUGUCCCCAUUCAUGUCCACACUCAUGACACGGCCGGAAGUGGAGUUGCCAGUAUGAUUGCGGCUGCCGAAGCUGGAGCCGACGUGGUGGAUGCCGCAAUUGAUGCCAUGUCUGGCAUGACCUCGCAACCAUCUUUGGGAGCAUUGGUGGCCAACUUGCGCCACACCGACUUGGAUACUGGUAUUGAUCUGGAAACACUCCAACCCCUCAACUCGUACUGGGAAAAUGUCCGAUCCAUGUACGGUCCUUUCGAGUCGGGACAGCUCAGUGGUUCGUCGGAUGUCGUCAAUACCGAAAUUCCUGGAGGACAGUACACCAACAUGUUGUUCCAGAGCAAGCAACUUGGACUGGGUGAGAAGUGGCCCGAAAUCAAGAGGAAGUACGCAGAAGCGGUGAGUUUACACGCGUGUCUUAUCGAUGAUGCUCUGCACGUAUUCUAUUUUUGCUCACCAUUCCAACUUUGCAUGACGUGCCGUGCCACCCAUCAAUCGCCAAUGUCGCAACACCAGAACAUCAUCUUGGGCGACAUUCCAAAGGUGACUCCGUCGUCCAAGGUUGUCGGUGACUUGGCUCAAUUCAUGGUGUCUCAGAAUUUGGAUGCCCAGAUGAUUUUGGAUCAAGCCGAAACGUUGGCCUUUCCCGAUUCGGUUGUCAACUACUUGAAGGGUGACAUUGGUAUCCCACCAGGUGGUUUUCCUGAACCCCUCCGUAGCAAAGUGUUGAAUGCUCGUGGCGCGGAACCUGUGGAAGGUCGACCCGGUGCCUCCAUGCCCGAUUACGAUUUUGAAGCCGAACGCAAGUUCUUGGAAGACAAGUAUGGCCCAACGAAUGUGUCCAACAAGGACAUUUUGUCAUACGCACUGUAUCCCCAGGUUUUUACCGACUACAAGGACUUUGCCGCCACCUACGGAACCGUGGCCAAGCUCCCCACCGGUGUCUUUUUGAAUCCCAUGAAAGUUGGUGACGAAGUAGAGAUUGAACUAGGUUUUGGCAAGACGAUCAAUGUUCGUUUGGCAUCGAUUCGGGCGGCCGAAGGAGACGGUACUCGUGUAGUGAUUUUCGAACGAAAUGGGGAGGCUAUCUACAUGUCCGUGACAGACCAUUCGAUUGUGGGCGAAGAGGCUUUGCGAGAAAAAGCCGACGGUCCCGGCCAGGUGGGUGCUCCCAUGCCAGGUGUCAUUGUGGGUAUGCAAGUAAAGGUUGGCGAUGAGAUUAGUGAAGGUGAUGCGAUUGCGACCAUGUCUGCCAUGAAGAUGGAAACCUCGAUUCCCGCCACUACUGGUGGUGUCGUGAAGCGUGUGUUGGUCAAUGUGGGCGACAAGGUGGAAGGUGACGAUUUGCUCGUGGAGAUUGAGUAA